UUCCGUAGGCGACAGAGAGAAGCAUGGCUGUUGUGGGAUACGGUGACAAUAUUGUUCUAAGAAAAAUAUAUUACACGUAGCGGUUUAUUGGCAAAUAAUUGCAAACAACUUUUAUCUCGUGUUGUUUGAGCUAAAGAAGCAACAAUGCCACGAUAUGCACAGUUGGUGAUGGGUCCUGCCGGAAGUGGAAAGAGUACUUACUGUGCCACCAUGAUAGAGCAUUGCCAGGCCAUUAACAGAUCUGUACAGGUGGUGAAUCUGGAUCCAGCUGCAGAACAUUUUAACUACCCAGUCAUGGCAGAUAUAAGAGAACUAAUUCAAGUGGAUGACGUUAUGGAGGACGAUUCCCUGAGAUUUGGCCCUAACGGAGGACUGGUCUUUUGCAUGGAGUACUUCGCCAACAACUUUGACUGGCUGGAAGAGAGUCUUGGUCACGUGGAGGAUGACUACAUACUAUUCGAUUGCCCUGGUCAGAUCGAGCUGUACACUCAUCUGCCUGUUAUGAGGCAGCUUGUCGAACAGCUACAGCAGUGGGAAUUUCGGGUGUGCGGGGUCUUCCUGGUUGACUCGCAGUUCAUGGUGGAGACAUUUAAAUUUAUUUCUGGAGUGAUGGCUGCCUUGAGUGCUAUGGUAACACUAGAAAUAGCACAGGUCAACCUUAUGACCAAGAUGGAUCUACUCAACCCAAAGGAUAAGAAGGAAAUAGAGAAAUAUCUGGACCCAGAUAUGUACUCCAUGAUGGAAGACAACUCUGUGUCUUUGAGAAGCAAGAGAUUUGAGAAAUUAACUAAGGCCAUAUGUGGUUUGAUUGAUGAUUACAGUAUGGUUCGUUUCUUGCCCUUCGAUCGCACUGAUGAGGAGGGCGUCAACAUCGUCCUGCAGCACAUAGACUUCUCUAUACAAUAUGGUGAAGACUUAGAGUUUAAAGAGCCCAAGGAACAUGAUGAGGAACCCAGCAACACAAAUUUUGACGAGUUCUUCCAAGACAAAGCAGAUUCUUGAUCAAGUGGACUUAAUAAUGGCAUUGGAUAGUUUCCCACUAAAUUCUGUAGUCUGAAACCAGACUGAUUUAGCAUGCAUUUUACUGUCCUGAUGAUCAUUCAGAGAUUUGUCCAUCACAGAAAUGUUAUGUCUCUAUCUUGAUGUCAAUAUCUAAAGAAUGCAACCCUAGCUUGUGCUGUCUCAAUCCUCACAAUGAGUUUUAUGAAAGUAUUCUUUUUUUUUAGAAUUGUAUAUUUA